AUGGACACGAGGCGGAAUCCGCAGCUACUAUUCGGCGCUGAUGUAUAUAUCAAGGAUGACUCGGGCCAAGCACCACUGUCAGAGGCCGCUCAGAAUGGGCAUGAUUCUGUGGUUCAACUUGCGGCAAUUUGGAGGCAUCAGCGCACCACUAACUCGAAUCGGCUGAAAGCAAACCUCUACACCCUUGAUGACGGAGGCGCUCUGCGAGCACUGGUCUGA